UGUACAGUGAGAUAGAGAAAAAACCAGAUCCAACAAUGGCCUUUCCUCCAGAUUUCAGAUGCCCCAUUUCCAUGGAGCUCAUGAACGACCCUGUGACCAUCUCAACAGGCGUCACAUAUGAACGCAAAAACAUCCUAAAAUGGUUCUUCACCUACAAGAAGACAACAUGUCCCGCCACAAUGCAAACUCUCCACAAUUUCGACAUCACUCCAAACCACACCCUCAAGAGGCUCAUCCUCGCAUGGCAAAACGGCCACUCCCUCCGAUCAUCUCCACCUCCGUCCAUCAAACACGACGAAUUGGUCUCGCUGCUCAACACCGUCGAGUCCACGCCAUUCAAGGUUAGCUCAUUGAGGAAACUCAAAUCCAUUGUAGAAAUGUGCGAUGAUACAAAACUUGAUUUCAAGCUAUGCGGAGGUGUCCAAGUGCUCCUCCGGAUAGUUCUCCAAGUUUUAGGCGAAAACUCGGAUUUCGCUAGCUUUAGGGCUUGCGAGGAGGCCUUGGGUGUUUUGCAACAACUCACAUUGUUGUCACACGAGGAAGAUGAUCAGACCACCAAAUUGUUGUCAAAGCCGGAGUCGAUGAAGGCCAUAGCAAUCAUGCUUCAAAGAGGGAGCGCUGAGGCUCGGUUUUACGCCAUUUUGAUCUUUCAAAUGGUGGCGAAAAGCGAGUAUGAUUGGAGCUAUGUCAUACAAGAUCAAGGGAUUGAUUUCUUCAAGUCCUUGCUAGAGCUUGUUUCUGAUGAUAUAUGCACCAAGGCAAGUUCGUGUGCCCUAAAAGUUUUGAUAAGGAUCAUAAGCUCAACCAAGAAAAGCCGAGUGAAGGCCAUUGAAGCCGGUGCAAUUUGUGUCCUCAUUGAGCUUCUUCCCGACUCGAAUCGAUCCAAAUGUGAGAAAAUAUUGCAUUUGAUCAAAUUAUUAUGUGAAUGUGCCGAUGGAAGACAGGCCUUUAUAGAGCAUGGGCUAGGGAUCAUAGCCGUGUCCAAAAAAAUGUUACAUGUUUCGGAUGUUGCCACGAAAAUCGGAGUGAAAAUCUUGUGGUUGAUUUGCAAUCUUCACCCCACGGAGAGGGUAUUGGAGGACAUGCUGAUUUUUGGAUCGGUAGAGAAGCUGGUGGUUUUGUUGCACAUCGACGGCCGGUCAUCGACGAAGGACAAGGUGGUGAAGAUCUUCAAGUUGCAUGGGAAUUCAUGGAGGAGAUACUCUUGUUUCCGAUGUGACUUAAAGGAUUAUUUGGGUUUAAUUAGUCCAUGAUUCUUGUUAAAAGAAUGUAAAAGGAAAAAAAAAAAAUUGUAAGAAGAUCAUUUACAGAUGGUAUAGCACAAUUUUCUCGAGAAAAUUUGAAGUUGUUUAUGGUUUUUUGUUAAUUUAAUUUUUUUUUCCCCCUCU